AUGGCUUCUCUCAUCCUUCAAAUCGUCUGGAUGGCGAUGAACCGUGCCCGAACAUUGGGCACACACUUCGGCAACAACCGCCUUCAGGCGGAACUACUGGAGGACAUCCGGGAACUCCUUGGAGAAGCUCGCGGCUAUCGCUUUCGGGGCAAACGCCGUGAUCUCAACAGGAACCCCGGGCGUUUUCCUGUACGACGUCGUUUCGGGGGAAACCGACAUGCAAACGUCGGCCCUCCGUCACGGCGUUCGGUGGUGUCGUCCACGGCUUCGCCCGCGGCGCCAUCCGCGGCUCCGCCCGCGGCGCCACCGUCGAGGGCACCAACUCCACCAGCGCCUCCAGCGCCGGUCCUCACCUUGCCGACUCCACCCCGGCCUCGGUGCCCGCUCCACGGCGAUGGCCCGUGCCCACCACCGCCACCAUCCAUGGUGGCCAGCCAAUGGCUGUCACUGGGCAUAGAGCCGCAGUCGCCGAUUCGGUACCCGACGCCGACGCCGUCUUCUGAGCAGGCUGCGCACAGCCCGCCUCCGCGCCGUCCAUCUCCACCAACCAUCGCGGCGCGGAUGUCGGCGCCGACUCGUCUGCCGGCGUACAUCGUCGACCCGGCGCUCGCUGCUCCACCACCACCGCCACCACCUCCUCCUUCGCGUCUUCGCCGCACGUGGAUCAGCAGUGGCGCCCCGCGCGGCGGCACCUCGCACGAGAGAGCAUCGCGGGCGCGCACGCUCGCGGCUCACUCGACGCGGCGGUUCGCGGCCACGGUGGCUCGGCCUGCCUUCGCGACUCUGGCACCGCCCAGCGCGUGGACUCGACGCAGCUCCGGCCGCCUUGACGCGGCAGCGGCCCAACCCGGCGCGAAACGGCCCGCGUCGAAGGGCGCCACCGUGGCCCCGCGCGACCUCGCGGCGGCCGAGCGGCUCGCCGGACCUCUGCGUGAGCACGACUGGAGACCGCGGCGCGGGCUCGACGCGGCUGCCCCCGCGGCCGUGGCCACCGAGCGCGACGGCCUGGCUCCUCCACGCGCCGCACGACGCGGCCACGCGCGGCGUCCCGACCGCGCACCACUCCUCUCAGUCGCCCGCGCGGCGAAGUGGGGCCCACGGGCCCACGCGGCCCCACGCGCAGGGCGCGCCCUCCCGGCGGCGGCGGUUGGAGCCGCCCUGGCUGCUGGCGGCGGCGACUUGGGGGCUGGGGGUUAG